AUGUCUACCUGGGGCGGCCCUGUCCCCGCACUCAAUCCCCCGUUCCCUCCUUUCCGCCCUCCCCUCCCCCUCCCUCUCGCUUCCCCUCUCCCCCCCCCCUUCAGCUCAUUCGCAACCAUCACAGCGUCGGGCCGCGAGAGCAACACGCCAACAGGAAUCGUCAUUCGCACACUCAUCCCCCCGCUCUACCCUCCCCCCUCUCCUCGCAGCUCAUUCGCAACCAUCACGGCGUCGGGCCGAGAGAGCAACACGCCAACGGGAAUCGUCAUUCGCAACGCCAAGAUCUCAGUAGACCCGGGGGUUUCGGAGGUGUACCUGGGGCGGCCCUGGAAGGACUGCGCUCGCACCGUCUUCAUUGACAGCUACAUGCCUGCGGAGCUCGAACGGGAUGGGUGGAGCACGUGGGGGGGAGACAGCAAGGGCAGCUGUGUGUACUAUGCAGAGAAGGGCAGCACGGGGCCGGGCUACGCUGCCACCCGGGCAUCAUGGGUGCACCCCGGCAUAAUAUCAGAUGCUUCUCAGUUUGACCCCGAGCCAUUUGUCGACCUCAGCUCCUGGCUGGACGUCUCGGGGCAGAACCCCAAAUGGUGA